AUGCGAACCGAGAAAAUUGAAAGCAUACAGCAGGUUGAGGAGUCCGACUUCUUUGUGGAGAAGAAGCCGUCGGGGAAGAGACACGUGGACGAUCCAAGUCCUCCCUCAUCGGUAUGGAUCCUUAUCUACCUUGGGGGAUCCAUUAUUUCCGGGAUCCUAGCAUACAUAUGCCACUAUUCGUUUAUUCUAUCAAAGAUAGAACCUAAUGGAAAGGCCCAGCCCCCAUUGGCAACCGAAAAACUUCUUCUGUGCCUUCUCAUUGGUAUUAUGAUUUGGUUUAUGCUUGAGCUUAUACUGACAUACUUCUCGAUCACUCUCAAGAAGAUUGACGAGAAGCAAAGAUUCCUUCAGAGCACUUUAAUAAGGAAUGGAUGGCUUAUAAGUCUUGUUCUCACACUGUUGAUUCUCUCUUUUGUCAUGGGAAGCUACAACCAUGGAACAGAGAUCAUAGACGGAGAGAGUGCCAGGACUGGCGAAGAGGGGAACGCAGAGCUACCAAAGGAAGAGACCCAUCCUGGGGAGUCAGGAAGCUCUUCUGCCAGGCUAGUUGAGACAAAGACUCCAUUUAUAGACAAACUAAGCAGGCUUCUUCUUGCAAGCUCUAUGUUUCUUGGGAUAAUUCUGGCAAAGACCAUUCUUAUGGAGAGGAUAAACUACAAGAUGCUCUUUGAAAACUAUGAGGAUAGAAUCCAGAAGAACUAUGAGGACAUGAAGAUGCUCGAGGAGCUGAACAGAAUAACUGGCAAGAAGAUGGAGUCGGAUCCAGAUGUCGAGAGCUGGGGAAGUCUUGUAUUCAAGACAGUUUCUCCGGAAAAGGAUACUGUUGACAUUCAGACCCUCGAAUACUUCUUUGGAACCGAUAGUGCACGAAAGAUAUUUGAGCGCUUCGAUAUAUACGGGGAUGGCAGGGUGACAAGAAGUAGCUUUGUCCUUGUGUAUCAGGACAUUCUAAACGAGGAUAAGAGAAUCACUAUGGGAAUGGCUCAGAAGGUCACGAUUGUCGAGAAGUUGGACAUUGUUCUCUCCUGCAUACUCAUUCCGUUUGGGAUUUCGGCCACCAUUCCAAUAGUGGAGAGUGAGGUUAAUUUUGUCAACUUCAUCCCCAUCCAGUUUGGUACACUCCUUUCCCUCAAUGCGAUCUUUGCUUCGAUUCUCACAGAGAUGUUCAGGUCUCUGGUGUUCAUAUUUCUCGUCAAGACAUUUGAUGUUGGAGACAAAAUCCUUAUAGACGGCCACCUUCACAAGGUGUACGACAUGGGCCUUCUCUACACCUCGUUUGUAGUUGACAAGAAAGUCACAGUGAUUCCCAAUGCCAAGAUCAUGGACAAGACCAUAGUCAACCUCAGAAAGGCAAGGACGUCACUGAAACAGUUUAAGUUUACAUUUUUAAACUCUCUGGAAUUUAAAGACAAGAUGGCGGAGCUGAACUCUGCAAUCGAAAAGGAGGUGGCCUCGGAUCCUAAUGUAUACACAGGAAAGUUUAGUGUGUACGGGUAUGACUUGAAGAACAACUCCUCAAUAGGGAUAAAUAUUGACGUUGUGUUCUGGAUCCAAAAUCAGGACAUAAAGACCCUGAAAGCACAGGAAGACGCAUUCUUGAUAGUUCUGUAUGGCUUCAUCCGCGACUUGGGGCUGGUGUUGGAAUAG